AUGAGAAAUCUCAAAGUUGAUCCUGAUGGGCUUCUCCAUGUUGAUGAAUUUGGGAUUAUGCGGUCUUUGGAUGGAGAUGGCAAAGUUAUUGAUUUUGCAAGACUUGGUCCUUCUCAUCUGAACACACUUGCUCAAAGGCGACCCGAAGAGGACCGAGAAGAGCUGCUUGCGAUGUGGUCAGGUGCUGACCACACUAUGGUUGAUGAUGAGGAGAUCUGGAAUCCAUCUGAAAAUAUUAUGGCAUCUAUCCGUGAGCGGGCGGCGGUGGAAGGCUCUAGUAAAGUGCGCACAUAA